GGCCGGUGUUAAAGCUUACGAAUUGAAAACUCAAUCCAAGGAACAAUUAGAAUCCAAAUUGGUUGAUUUGAAAAAGGAAUUGGCUGACUUGAAGGUUCAAAAAUUGUCCAAGCCAUCUUUACCAAAGAUCAAUACUGUUAGAAAGAACAUUGCUCGUGUUUUGACCAUCAUUAACUUGAACCAAAGACAAGCUGUUGCUGAUUUGUACAAGGGUAAGAAAUAUCAACCAAAGAGUUUGAGAGGUAAGAAGACCAGAUCCUUGAGAAGAGCUUUGACUAAGUUUGAAGCCACUAGAAUUACUGAAAAGCAAAAGAAGAAGCAAAUUGCUUUCCCACAAAGAAAGUAUGCUAUUAAAGCUUGA